UUUAAAGCAUUUAACUCAUUUACAACUAGACAAAUAAAUAAGGGUAUACUAUCGGUAUUUACUUUUUUUGUUAAACUACUAUAUAAGUAUGAAAGAUUUAUCUUUAGAACACGACGACAUAGUAUUGCUCAACUAUCAAGAUUUAGAUAUUUUAUUUAAAUUAAAUGAAAUGACCUCCUUUGAACUAAUACUGAAUUCACAGAACCCAUUACUCGUAGAUCAAUCCAAAUGGCUAUUCCAGUAUGUUGCUGAAGUUAAAGCAUUUAAGUAUGAGAACCAAGUUCAAAACAAUAACUGGUAUACUUCCGUUUAUAACGUCCAAUACGUUGUCAAUGUUUAUUUUGGGAUUGCUGUCGUAUACUUGUUGCAUAUUCGCUACAAAAGACAUUUUCAAAUCAGGAACAAUCAAUAGAGCAGUUCGCCAUAUCUCGGCAUGUUUCUCGUUCAAAUAACUUUAUUGAUUUUGACCGUAUUUGUAAACCUCCAAAUAGAGACGAAGAACACUGGAAAAGCUAUGAGGAAAUGCUUGAUAAAUUAUUCCAGGAUAUAACUGCUGAGGCCAAAGCUUGUAAAACAAAAGAUAAUGAUAUUGAAAAGUAUCCUAAAUUACGUCAUAUAUUAUCCUUGCUGAAUGCCAUAACAAAGUAGAAAGAAAAUUUGGUAGUAUUCUUAUUAAACCUAGGAAUUAUAAACCAGAGAAGUCUUUUCCUGAAAAGAAACGAGGAAGUUCCAUCAAGCGAACUGUUUAAUUGAUUCUCCAUAGCUCUCUUUUA